UAUACCCACAAAGAGGAUCUCAAGCAUGCGCAGUAUGAAAUUUUAAGAAACAGUGAAGAAGUACUCACUGCGUUGUUUAUUCUAUGGCUGGCGCCUUGAACAAUAGGAUAAUUGUACUUGUAUUUCGCUAACACGUUUGCUUCAUUGCAGUAAGCUGUUCGUUUUGUAUUCAUCACCUACUGCACUACUACACGCACUUAAAUAUCCUUAUCAGUGUCAACUGUGGCCAGAAGAUAACAUGUCUGACAUGAACAGGGACAACCACUAGUUUACGAUCAGUGUUAUCACUAAACAACGUUCUUUCUUUGAAAAAGUACCCCAGUGCAGUGAAAUGACGAACGACAAAAAGGCAAGUAGUGACGUGCAUUCCUGUGUUUUAAGGGAUGAAAGGUGUGGAACCACUGAGGAGAAAGAAACGUACUCUGAAACCGAGACUCGAGCUCCAGACGGGGGCUGGGGUUGGAUGUGUGUUUUAGGAUGUUUUACUGUGAACAUUCUCGGAGCUGGCAUGGACAGGACGUUUGGAGUAAUCUACCUUAUUCUGAUUGAUAUGUUUGGUUCUAGUGCCAAAUUGACAGGAGGGAUUCUGUCGGUCUUUUCUGCGUGUCGUUAUUGUCUAGGUCCAGUAAGCGGUUCUCUUGCCAAUCUGUUCACAGCCCGCAAGGUGGUCAUAAGCGGUGGUUUGAUAAGCAGUCUGGGUCUGAUACUUAGUGCCUACCCACCAAAUAUCUACUACCUGUUCUUUACCUUUGGAAUAGUUGCAGGUUUUGGAGCUGCUCUUUGCGCUACCCCUAGUACAGUGAUAGUAGGACAGUAUUUCCAUAAAAAGCGUGUACUUGCCAACAGUAUCACGUCCAUGGGUGCCGCGAUAGGUUCCUUGGUUCUACCACCGUUCCUCACUUAUCUAGUAUAUCACUACGACUACAGUGGCGAGAUGCUCAUUAUGGGGGCUAUCAUGCUGAACCAGGUGGUAAGCGGGGCCCUCUAUAGACCGCUGGCUCCCAAGAGAUACCACAACCAACAAAUACUUUCCAAAACGAAAAGUAAUGUAAAAGAAUGCUCUGAACUUAAUGACAAUCCCAAAACUAUUAUUUCAGAAGGGGAACACACGGCCAAUUCUCAUACAAUUGAUAUUACAACUGCUGAUGAAUUUGAAAUAAAGCAAACUGUUAUGGGUCACAGAAAAUCAACAGCAGUGACAGGAACAAGUGAAUGCCCGAAAUCACCGCCAGGUAUAAUUCCAGAAAGUACACAAGAAGAAAAGUCUUCACAAACAUUCGGAAAUCCUGUCAAGAGAAGCACAGUAGUGAGGAGAAACCCAGUACUCCAUGAGCUACGCGUAUAUGGCAAUCUUCUGAAAGAUGCUCGUUUUUUAACUUUUGGGUUGAACUGGACAUGUCUAGGAUUGGGUAUGCCAACAGGUCUUAUGUUCCUUGGUGCAAUAGCAGAAGAGCACGGCGUACCACGAACUCAGUCACCACUUCUUUAUUCCAUACUGAGUAUAUUUGACAUUGUGACCAGGAUAAUGGUAGCUCUUCUGUGUGACCGCGCGUGGCUCAGGACACAGCGACAUUACGUGUACAACAUUGGUUUUGUGGUUUUAGGCGUGGUACUUUGUGUUGUUCCAGAAGGAAGAACUUUCCCCCAGUUUGCUGCUUGUGCAUCGUUCAUGGGCAUGUCUCAAGGAACGAUCAUGCCAUUGACCUAUGUGGUGAUCGCUGAUGUUUUGGGCCCAGAUAUGUUAAAACACACUUACGGAUUAAGUGGUUUAUUUUAUAGUGUUGGUACUUUAUUGGCACCAUCAGUGGCCGGAUUACUUAAGGACGAGUAUGGGACGUACCGCUACUCAUUUUAUUUCGCAGGAUGGUGGUGUUUCGCUGGAGCUGGCUUCUUUCUUUUAAACACCUAUCUCAACAGGAAAACAAAAGAAACUUUUAGAAGUUAAGGAAUUAUUAUUUUUAAAUAACUAAAGGUCUGUUAAAAAGACAAGUUCGUCGCCGUGACUUGGUCAUACACGGAGAAAUAGCUAUUCUUUUACCUCUGGCUAUUUUUCUUUUCUAUUCUAUGAAUAUAGAGUGAAAAGAAAACGCUUUUCAAGCUAUUUGAAUUUAUAACACGGUUGUGUUAUACGUGUACAGGGUACAUCGUAUAUUCACUUAUAAAUUCCAUGCAAACCUUAAUGGAGGAGGACAUGUCAAAAUUAAAAACAAAGACUGGGUCCCCAUCCCUAGAUCGAUCUAACAGGAUCGGUCCAUCUCCACGAAGUUUCUCGAUAAAUUGCUUCCGGCUUUAGGGGCUUAGAUGUCUGGGACGCCUACUAAAGCUGCUGAAAGAUAGUUAAUUACCCUCGUUCAGCUUAGGUAGGCGUG